AUGGAUAGAUUGUUAAUAUUAAUGCUUCUGAUGAAAUUCACAUACGUAAGUGUUUUAUCACAAGCUGUGGUCUUGGCUGUUUCUUUAAGAGAUGACAAAUUGUUAGAGCCAUCGGAGUUGGAGAUGUUUGUGGAUGAGGUUCCUGAUGUGCCCAGAAUUCUUGCCUAUGAGCUCCUUCAUGGAUUCCCCAUACCCAGAUAUCUCCACAUUGGCAUGUUCCAAAAGAAUUGGAAAUUUCACAGGGAUCUACCGCCAACGCCAGUUUAUGCUUAUGGUCUAGACCAACAGACUGCAUCAGUUCCUGGUCCCACUAUCGAGGCCCUCCAUGGAGUUGACACCUACGUGACGUGGCAAAAUCACCUCCCUUCAAAUCACAUCUUCCCAUUGGACCCGACAAUUCCCAUCGCCAUCCCCCGCUCCAAAAAGGGUAUUCCCACGGUGGUUCACCUCCACGGCGGCAUCAUCGAGCCCCAAAGCGACGGCAACCCUAAUUCCUGGUUCACCAAUGGAUUCAUUGAAACGGGACCCACUUGGACCCAGAAGACCUAUCAUUACCCCAACAAUCAACAACCUGGUAACAUGUGGUACCAUGAUCAUGCCCUUGGGUUGACCGCGGUCAACGUCCUUGCUGGCUUAUAUGGGACCUACAUCAUCCGCCACCCUCCGAUCGAGGACCCUCUUGGCUUACCCCAUGGUGAUGCCUUUGAUCGACCGCUGAUGAUCUUUGACUUGAACUUUCACACUAAUGGUUCCAUAUAUUUGAAUUCCACUGGAAACCACCCCACCGUACACCCUCAUUGGCGGCCAUUUUACUUCGGUAAUUUCAUCACUGUGAAUGGAAAAGUAUGGCCACGUAUGACAGUACGACGUCGUAGGUAUCGAUUUCGGAUCAUCAACGCCAGCAAUGGUCGUUUCUUUAGACUGUUCUUCACCAAUUUCUUGCGGUUCAUCCACGUGGCAUCAGAUUCUGCUUACAUAGAAGAACCAGUGACCACGAAGGAAGUUUUAGUGGGACCAUCUGAGAUCACAGAUAUAAUCGUUGACUUUUCUAAGUCAAAAGAUGACACUGUUAUUUUAGCCAACAAUGCACCAUCUCACUUCCCAUUUGGAGAACCAGUGGAUGAAGCUAACAGCAAGGUGAUGAAAUUCUUCAUACAACCUGAUCCAGAAGCUGACACGUCACGAGUCCCUAUGAAGUUACUAAAAUACCCUGAUGCAGAUUUAUCCAGUGUAUCGCAGACGAGGUACAUCACAAUGUUAGGCUAUGGUGGGACAACGAAAGGAAAUCCAACUCAUUUAUACUUGAAUGCAAAACCUUUUGCGUCGCCAGUUACAGAAACUCCACAGGAGGGAUCCACUGAGGUUUGGUAUGUGAUCAAUCUGACGCAGGCCAAUCAUCCGUUUCAUAUUCAUUUGGGAUUGUUCAAAGUUUUGGAUCAGACGGAGCUGGUGAAUCCUAAGGAGCUUAAUGAAUGUGUGAGGAAGCAUGAUUAUGUGACUGAGUGCCAUGUGGAGGAGCAUGCACGUGGCAAGAAAUUGGAGGUGCCCUCUCAUGAGAGAGGGUGGAAGGUCGUGUACAAGAUGACACCCUUGUGUGUAACGAAGAUUGUAGUGAAAUUUGGUUACAUCCACACAAAUGCACCGUAUGAGUUUGAUGCAACUGCAGAACCUGGUUACGUGUAUCAUUGUCAUAUAAUAAACCAUGAAGACAAUGAGAUGAUGAGGCCAUUCAAAUUGAUAAAAGGAGGUGCGCAUAAUUCAAAGGUCAUGCUGGAGUGA